AUGAAUAAUCCGAAUAAUGUUCCAGACACAGAGGAAGCAGAAGAAGAUAUGGGUGGUAUUGUAGACGAUGAUGAAAAUAUCUUUCUUGGAAGGAAAGAAAGAAAAUUUAUAAGGAGCGAGUUUAAACAUGAAGAAUUACGUGAAAUUGGAUCAUCGGCUAUGUGGUCACUUUCAAGUUGGAAAGCUGGCAAUGGUAUUGAAAACUUGAGAGACAAUAAUCAAAUAUCACUUUGGCUUGAUUACAAGAGUGAUGAAAGUUAUACACCAAAUAAAAUAACUAUUAGAGCAGGGACUAAUUUUGGGGAUUUACAGGAUUUGCGAACAAUUGAACUAGAAGAACCAGAUGGAUGGAUUGAUAUUCAACUUAGUGGAGAUCACACAUUAACGUAUGUAUCAAUCAAAUCGAAUCAACAAAAUGGAAAAGAUAGUCAUAUAAGACAAAUUAAAGUGUUUGCUCCAAAAAUUCCUAUUUCCUGUGACGAUGAUUCUGAUGAUGAUAUACCAUUUUCCUCGAUAGAAUUUACAGUUCAUGAAACAAUAAGAUGA